AUGAUCGACCUCCUACUCCUCCAGCCCGACAAGGGCGGCAACCCACAACUCGUCAAGGACUCGCAGAAGAAGCGCAAUGCUUCCGAGGAACUCGUCGAUGAGGUACUCGCCCUCUACAAGAACUGGGUUUCGCUGCAAAAGGACCUCGACGUUGCCCGUCGAGACGUCAACGCCGUCCAGGCCGAGAUCACCAAGCUCCGCAAAGCAAAGGAGAAUGCCGAUGAGCAGAUGGCCAAGAAGAAGGAGCUCGACACCAAGGUCAACGAGCUCAAGCCCAGCGUCGUCGCCGCCGAGAACGAGAUGAAGACCAAAGCCAUGCAGAUCGGCAACAUUGUCGGCGACAAGGUGCCCAUCAGCAACACCGAAGACGACAACGCAGAAAUUCGCAAAUGGCACCCAGACGGUCCCAACGCCCAGGUUGAGAAGAAGGAGGGAAUCCUCAGCCACCACGAAGUCAUGUACCGUCUCGAGCUGUUCGACACCGAGCGCGGAACCAAGAUCUCGGGCCACCGUGGCUUCUUCCUUACGGGAGACGGUGUCGAUCUCAACCAGGCGCUCAUCAACUACGGCUUGGACUUCUUGCGCAAGAAGAACUACAAAAAGAUCAUGACCCCCUUCAUGAUGCGCAAGGAGGUCAUGGCAAAGACGGCUCAGCUCGACCAGUUUGACGAGGAGCUCUACAAGGUUACAGGCGACGAAGAUGACAAGUACCUGAUCGCCACUUCUGAGCAGCCCAUCUCUGCGCUUCAUUCCGACGAGGUGUUCACCGAGCCCGCCAAGCAGCUGCCCAUCCGCUACGCCGGCUACUCGACGUGUUUCCGCAAAGAAGCCGGUUCGCACGGCAAGGAUACCUGGGGUAUUUUCCGCGUGCACCAGUUCGAAAAGAUCGAGCAGUUCUGCAUCACCGACCCGGCCUCGUCCUGGGACAUGCUCGAACAAAUGCUCACCAACUCCGAGGAGUUCUACCAGUCGCUCCAACUGCCCUACCACGUGGUUGCCAUCGUGUCUGGUGCGCUCAACAACGCCGCUGCGAUGAAGUACGAUUUGGAAGCGUGGUUCCCCUUCCAGGGCGAGUACAAGGAGUUGGUCUCGUGCUCUAACUGCACAGACUACCAGUCGAGACGCCUGGACGUGCGUUGCGGCUUCAAGAAGCCUGGUGACACCAAGCAGACGUUUGUGCACAUGCUCAACGGCACGCUCUGCGCUACCGAGAGAGCACUCUGCUGCGUCGUCGAGAACUGGCAGACGCCAGAGGGGCUCAAGAUCCCGCCUCCUUUGCAGCCGUACAUGGGCGGACGGGAUUUCUUGCCUUACACCCGCGAGUUGCCCAAGAACACGACCAGCCAAAAGAAGAAGUAG